AUGGGAGUCUCCGCCGAGUUCCUCGCACUUGUGAACCAAGGAGAGGAGAUCUACACCAACGUGCCCGGCACCUUCGCCAACGAGUCGUACCUCACGCGUCUCCCCGGCCUCGUGCGCGACUGCGUGGCCCACAACCGCGACCGCUUCUCGGAGCUGCAAUGCCAGCGCCUGCUGCAGCUCGCCGACGACAUGGUCAAUGACGCAGUGAUCCCGCUGCCGUCGCAGUACCCGGAGCAGUCAGCCAAGUCCCCCACGAGCGCUCACUGGGAGACUCUGCUGGCCGGCAAGGGCUACACGUGGCAGAACUCGCCGUGGUUCAUGUGCGAGCAGUACAUGUUCCACCUCGUGCUGCUGCUGGCCGAGUACUACUCGACGGGCAUCGACCCGUUCCACCCGUCGAAGGUGGCAGAGCUGAAGGAGGACACGCCGUGGGCGUUGUUGCAGACAGCUGUGGGUCUGUCGGCCCAGGAGGAGGCGAGUUCCCAGAGCCACCACGACCAGCUGAAGCGGUUCAUGAAGCUGUGUCUGUGGGGCAACAAGGCUGACGGAUGCUACAAGGAGGUCAAGGAUACCGUGAGUGGGGCUGAUGCGUCCUUGGAGUUCGACGACGAUUUGCUCCUGGUCGACCACAGCGACAAGGUCAUCACCUACCUAGAGGCCAAGGCUCGCGAGUUCGGGGACGCCAAAAAGCUCGGGAUCCAGUACAUCAACGACAACAGCGGCACUGAGAUCUUGCUCGACCUCGCGCUGGCAGACCACUUGCUCGUUCACGAAUGGUGCGGCAAGGUGACGCUCAAUGUCAAGGCAGAACCCGUCUACGUGUCGGAUGCGACGCCCGCCGACGUGCUCGAGCAUAUUGAAGAGAUGCAGCGUCCGACGCGUACCCCUGAGGUGCGAGCUCUUGGCAAGCGGUUAAGUGAGUUCAUUGAGAAGGAGCAGCUGGUGAUCCGCCCCGACAUCUUCUGGAACCGCUACGCGUACUACUGGGAGAUGCCUAUUGAGCUGCAGACUCGCCUGGCGCGUGAGGCGACGCUGGUGAUCAUCAAGGGCGACCUGAACUGUCGUCGUCUGCUGGGCGACCGACUGUGGCCGCCGUCGACGCCUGUGGACGAGGCUGUGCCGUACUUCCCCACGGCUUUUGUGUCGUUCCGUACGCUCAAGUCAAACCACGUGGUGGGGAUCCCUGCUGACGUGGUGGCGAGGCUGGAGAAGGAGGACCCAAAGUGGCGGUACAAAGGCAAGCGCGGCACGAUCCAGAGCGUACUCACGCCUAACCCAGCGUCAGAAUAA